UGCAUAAUUUAUUUUGGGAAUAUUUUUUUCUACCAUUGCAAUUUUAUUCAGUGUUUGCUUGCACUCAUGAUCCAUCAUAAUAUUUUUAUUGAUUCAGAGCUGAACAGUUGAUAAUAUCAAAUAGAAUAUGGAUAAGACAGCUGAAGAAUCGAAGGAUUCUGGAGCUAUGAAGGACAUUCCACCUGAUGCUGUUCCACUUCUUUCAGGUGAAGAAGUAAAAGCUUAUCUGGAACAAGAUGUGACGUAUCUUUGUUUAUACACUGGCACUAAAGUGGGAAAAAUGGCAGUUACAAAUUAUAAACUUCAUUUUCAAAGUGGAGGCAAACAAAAAGAUUCUGUACCAUUCAUACUAGAAGUUCCACUGUGCACGAUAAGCAAGGUAGAAAAAGUUGGUGGCGUUACAAGCUCUUCGAAAGCUGUUGAUGGGCGUAAUCCGUAUGGUCUUGAAAUUACUUGCAAAGAUCUUCGUGUACUACGAUUUGCAUUACGUCAUGAUGCACAUUAUUUGCGAAGAAAAAUGUUCGAGAAACUCCAAGAGUAUUGCUUCCCGGCAUCAAAUAAGUUGCCUUAUUUUGCUUUCAAUUACAGAGAACAAUAUCCAGAUAGCAGCAAUGGAUGGUCUUUAUACAGCGUUAAAUCUGAGUUUCAAAGACAAGGUUUGCCUGUAGAAGGUUGGAGAUACACGAAAGCAAAUAUGAUAAAUUCAAAGUAUGAACUAUGUGAUACAUAUCCGCAACUACUUGUUGUACCAGCUGCGGCAAAUGAUGAACAUUUGAAUCAAGUUGUUCAGUUUCGUAGCCGUGGAAGAAUACCAGUUUUGUCUUGGAUUCACCCUGAAAGUCAAGCUACUAUAACUAGAUGUUCGCAGCCGCUGAUUGGUAUCAGUAACAAACGAAGUCGUGACGAUGAACGCUAUGUUCAAAUGAUAUUAGACGCUAAUCCUCACGCCCAUAAACUUCUAAUAUUUGAUGCAAGACCCCAAGCGAAUGCUGUCGCAAACAUGGCAAGAGGCGGAGGGUAUGAAAAAAAUGAGCAAUAUCAAAAUGCUGAAGUUAUAUUUUGUGAUAUACAUAAUAUUCACGUUAUGCGAGAGUCAUUGAGAAAACUUCAAGAUAUCUGCUUCUUGCCACAAUUAUCUCAAGACAAACACUGGCUUUCCUCUCUCGACCAAACUCAAUGGAUUCAUCAUAUCAAAGUAAUUCUUGCUGCCGCAACAAGGAUUGCUCAUGAAAUUGAAAGUGCCAAGGCGUCUGUUUUAGUCCAUUGCAGUGAUGGAUGGGAUAGAACAGCUCAGUUAACCAGUAUGUCCAUGAUUAUGCUCGAUUCGUACUACAGAACACUAGAAGGAUUCCAGGUGUUGAUAGAAAAGGAGUGGUUAAGUUUCGGACAUAAAUUUGCGCAAAGAAUUGGCCAUGGUGACAAGAAUCAUUCUGACGCAGAGCGAUCUCCUGUGUUUUUACAGUUUAUUGAUUGCGUUUGGCAGAUGACACAGCAAUUUCCGACUGCGUUCGAGUUUAACGAACAUUUUCUGAUUUCUGUUCUUGAUCAUUUAUAUUCUUGUCUUUUUGGCACAUUUCUUUACAACUGUGACAAAGAGAGGAAAAAUAAGGAUAUUCGCAAAAAAACAAUAUCCUUAUGGUCGAUGAUAAAUCUGCAUCGUGAUGACUAUCUAAACGCUCUUUAUGUUUCCACAUACAACCACCAUGUUCUUCUACCAGCUUCUUCAAUGAGGCAUUUGGAUCUUUGGAUAGGAUAUUACGGACGUUGGAAUCCCAGAAUGAAAUCUCAAGAACCUAUUGCCGAACGACACAAAGAAUUGCUUCAAGUUCGCGAUUACUUGAAAAAACAAGUUGAAGAAUUGGAACGUGAACUUGCAAUAAAACAAGAAAAAGAAAAGGCUGUUGCUGCUGCCGUUCCUAAUCCAACUGUAUCUAUUACUAAUCAUUGAUGUAUCUUAAUUUCCCUCUCACAAAUAGAAGUUUUCAUCUAAUCUAUCAAUGUCUUAUAGUCAAAGUAACUUAUACCAGCAGUUAUUUAAUGAUAUAACUGUGGUUUUUCUACUACCGGGAAAGGGCCUGGAACUGCUUUAUGCUUCUGAUCAGUCUGUAAUUUGUGGUAGUCUGUAUUCUACCAUAUUUUGGGUUAUUUUAUUUCUCAGUAGAUAUUAGUAUUUCAGCGCCAAUACUCCGGAGUGAGACAUUGCUUGAAUCAAAUUCCUGUUUAAUAUACCGAUAUAAAUUUUUGGGACAUGGACUAUCAUUUUAUUUGGUUAGGAGAUCUCAAGAUUUAAAUUUUAUAUGGCAAUGUUUUACAUAAAUAGGCAAAUUUCACAGUUGGGAUAAUUGGUAAAACUUUUUGAAUAUCAAUUUCUACUCUCCUUUAAAUUCUUCAUUUAUAUUUAGUUAUAAUACUAAUAACCUUUGUGUGAGAUGCCUGCAAUCAUAUCCAUAUAUUUAUCCCAAUCAGAUCUUGCAAGCAUCUAUUUAAUGAGUAAUACUUUUCAAUCAGGUUUUGUGGGUGCAAUUAUAUUUUCUUCUUCCUUUCAGUGGUUUUGAAAAAUAGAAGUUAUCAUCAUACUUAUAUAUUCGUAUCGGUUUGAUUGUUUUUACAUUUGUAUCAUUUUUAUUUAUAUAUUUUCUCUUAGUUUGAAAUGCAUGAUUCUUUAAUCAAAAAGAAGUUUGGUCAUUGCCUGAACAAUAUUGAUAUUGCAAAUUACUUAAAUUCAAUUUGAGUAUUAUGUCUAAAGAUUCUGUCUCUUGCAAAAACCCAGCACACAGAUUUUUAAUCUUCAAGUAUUGCGCUUGGUGUGACUUUUUGAUCAGUUUUAAAUAAAGGUUCAAAAAUAAAAUUUACAAAAGGA